UACCCCAGAAAAACCCACUUGCGCUACAAUCUCUAUAAGGAUUUUUAGAGAGAGGAAAAUAGUCUGAGAGAGAGAGAGAGAGAGAGAGAGAGAGACUCUGCCAGUCUCUCACACACUUUUAAGCUUAUCACCAGUUAUCUUCAGCUCAUCUCAUUUUUCCGGCCCAUGGGAGAGGGAGAAAACAAAGCAGAGGAAAAGAAAAUGGAGGAAAAGAAAGCAGGGGAGGAGAAAAAGGAAGAAACCAAAGCAGAGAAGGUGAGUGAGGAGAAGAAAGAGGAGAAAAAGGCCGAGGAAACCAAAGAUGCCGCGGCGACGCCACCUCCUCCGCCGCCGCCGCCGCAGGAGAUUGUGCUGAAAGUAUACAUGCAUUGCGAAGGUUGCGCUAAGAAGGUCCGCAGAUGCCUCAAAGGCUUUGAAGGAGUGGAAGAGGUUCAAACCGAUUGCAAGGCACACAAGGUAGUGGUGAAGGGGGAAAAGGCAGAUCCGGUGAAGGUACUAGAGAGGGUCCAGAAAAAAAGCCACCGGCAAGUGGAGCUCAUCUCUCCGAUCCCGAAGCCGCCUCCGGCGGAGGACAAGAAAAAGACGGAGGAAAAAGAAGUUGCUAAGCCUGAAGAGAAAAAAGAAGAGCCUCAGGUGAUAACUGUAAUCCUACAAGUUCACAUGCAUUGUGAGGCUUGUGCUCAAGAAAUCAAAAGACGUAUUCUCAAAAUGAAGGGGGUGGAAAAUGUGGAACCAGAUCUAAAGAGCUCUCAAGUUACCGUAAAAGGAGUUUUCGACCCACCGGAUUUGGUGGAGUACAUUCACAGGAGGACCGGUAAGCACGCGGCGAUAGUGAAGCAGGAACCGGAAAAGAAAGAAGAAGAGAAGGGCAAGGAGGAGAAGAAGGCGGACGAUGGCGGAGACAAGAAGGCCGAGGAGGCGGCCAAAGAGAAGAAAGAAGGGGGUGGAGACGCGGUUGUGGCGGUGGCGGCAGAGGGAGGCGAAGAGGUUGUCGAUGUGGUGGAGCUGAGGAAGAAUGAGUAUUACUACAAUUACCCUCAACACUACCAGAUUUACCACCCCUAUGAAUUGCCCACUUAUGCUCCAGCAGCUCCACAGAUGUUCAGUGAUGAGAACCCUAAUGCCUGUGCAGUUAUGUAAAAAGAGUGGAAAGUUGGGGGGUAAAAUGGGGAAAAGUGUGCACAUGGGCUAUUGCUCUACAUGUGCUCAUAGAAUUUUGUGAGUCCUUUCUUGUACUUUUUGUUUUCCUUUUCUUUUAAACCGGUUUUUAUAUAUAAUUAAUAAUACAAUGGCAUAUAUAAAUCUUUGAAAUUUCGUACC